GAAACGGGAGAUAGUUUUUUAUAUUCAUUUGCGAGUAAAAGAUCGAGAAAUGGGAAACUUGCUCGCGUAACUGAAACUGAAAAAAUUUAUGCUGUUUCGUAUUCUACCAAUAAUGGACCGUGUUUUGGAGGUGGAUGGGAUUUAGCCAUUAAAAAUGAUCAUAUUAGAAAUUAUACAUCUAGUUAUUCCGGGAAUAAAUUCCUAUCAUCAAAUAAUCGUCAUUUAGAAGAUUACGAAGUUUUUCAAGUUAUUAAAAAUUGA